UAGGCAAAAACAAAUCUUGGGGCACUCCCUAUAGACUACAGUGAAGUGUCAUUCUUGCAGUGUAUUAUGCGGGUGUACGACAUAAAAUAGCUCUUUAUUGCUGCAAAUUACGAUAUCCAACUUUCUUGCUCACAUAGUCUUAUUUUAAACAUUUUUACAUUGUAAACAUUUAAAUAACAACUGUAUGAAGAUGUUAGUAACUAAAGAACUAUAAUUAGGAACCAACUUUUUAUAAGUCGCGUUACAAAUGAUUUACAUUCUUGUUAUUUUAAUUAUAGUUUGUCAACGAGAUACCUAUAUAAUAGAAGAUAGAACAGAACCAAUAACACACUCACGAAGUCACGAACAUUAAAAGGUGGGAUUAUAUACUCAUAAGUAAUAACUAAUAAGUACCUACUAAAGCACCGCUAAGUUCGAAUAUUUUUUCUAGGCAAUAUUGUAUUAUUUUAUAUUAUAUAAAAAUCGAUCGAUAAGACGUAUUCUGUAUAGGCAGGUAUUAUUAUUAUUUAAUACGUAGGUAUGAAUUCUAACAAAAAGUUUACUUCGUGWCUUUGUUAGAUUGCACGAAUAUUUCUAAUCAAACUCGCUAAAUUUGUUAUGGAAGCUUAAUUGAUUUUUUGGUCUAUACUCGCAUUUACGUACCAAAUGUUAUAUAUGUCACAAGUUCACAACCAAUAUUUUUUUAACGUGUUCACAUUCUUAAACACUUACCUAUUACAUGAACAAUAUAAAUUAAAAUACAGGUAAUUUAUUGAUUUCUAACUUCUUAAGAGUCACACUCUGUGUACACUAUUAUCAUAUCAACAUAUAUUUUAUUUAAAGUAGGCACAAUAAAUACAACUUUUAUCAAGGAAAAAAAUCUUUCAGCAUAGUAAGUAUCUACCUACAAAUUAAUGUUUUAUCCUGUAAAUUAUGGUAUGAAAGAGGCAUGUAGGUAUUUGACAUUAUUGUUAUAAAUUAAUUAUUAUAUUAUAUUAUGCUUACCAUGUAUUUACACAUGUAAUCAAAAUAAUUUCAUUUGUUAGCAUAUUAUACAAUAAUAUAAACUAUAUUGGCCUAGUACACUGUAUGCUAWUAACUGUUUCUGUUGCUAUGGGCGAACAAAAUCAAUAAUAAUGGGCCACAAUAUAUUAGCAUAUUAUUGUUUUUUAAACACAAAUAUUUAGAUAUUGAACUUUAUAUUUUACAUUAUUUACAUUACUGCACAAUUCUUAAUUACCUAUCUUAUUAAAAUUUAUUUUAUUUGGAAUUUUUUUUUAUCAUUUCCAAUGAAUAAUAAAGAUCAAAAUGAAUUUAUUUUACAUCCUAAUAAUGGUCCUUAUCCCGAGUAUGCGUAUAACAUGCUAAAGUAACUAAUAUUUAAAUUGUUUUUAUUUAUUCACGGCUUAGAGAAAUUAUUGGGCAAUAUAUUAUAAUGGAAUUGCCUAAAUUUGAUAACAAAAAAAUAUAUAGGACUAAGAACCAGCAGUGUAAGAAAAAAAAAGUUUUAAAACCAAUACGUAUACAUACAUUGUCAGCCACCAGAAGAAGACAAUGCACAUCAAAUACACCAUAUCAAACCACUUAUACUAGCCGUACUGGAGUACAAUCAAGCACAUCAAAUGUCAAUAGUUUACUAAUUAACGAUCAUAUAUUGCGUAUAAAAACACUUGAAAAUGAACUGAYUGAAGCACAUAUGAAAACGCGCGAAUUGAUCGUAGAAAACCGUUUAUUGAAAACAUUAGAGAAGCGACAUGAAAAUGCGUUAUCUAUGUAUGAAGGUAGAAAAGCUAAGCUACCACAAGCAAUUAAAUCAUAUGAAGAGGAAAUACGCUCAUUAAAUAGCCAAAUAUGUAAUCUUAAGAUUCAAUUGAAGGAAAUGGAAAAUAGAUAUAAGUCACAGAACAUCGAAUCAAUAGCUUUACAAAAACGGUACAAACACCUUUUAAGUUUAUCCCAGAAUAAACAACUCGGUAAAAAAGAAAAACUUUCAAAUCAAUUAGAAGAAGCUCAAAGUACAAUAAAAAAACAAGAUGAUAAAAUUUUGAAUAUUAUAAAAAAAUUAGAACUUCAAGAUAAAUCUCAUAGGUAUCAUAUAAACUUGGAAAAUAUUAAAAUCAAAGAAUUGCAAAAUGAAGUCAAACGUUUGAAAGAUGAAAAUAAAAAUUUAAGAUCAUGUUUGGAUAAAAUUAAGCCUAAAAACUAUAGUUCGAGGCAAAAUUUUACAAAAGGAAUAACUGAAGAUUCAAUAAGCAUAGUAUCUCGUGUAUUAAAGCCUAUACCAACAAUACAUGAUGGACAAGGUGAUGAAAUAGAUGAAUCUUUUUACAAAACUAAUGGGUCAAUAUCCCUUAAACCAGAAACAUUUCAUGAAGAUCUUGAAGAAAACAAUAAAUAUUCAACAAAAAACUACAAAAUUAACACAAUUAGGGAGAUAAAAAAUAAUACAAUAAUACCAUMUAAUGCUUUGAUAAAUAAAGAAUCAUACUCAUCAACAACACCAAGCAGUAUGUCGUGGGUAGACAAUGAUCUGGCUAAGUUUACAAAAGAAAGUGAACCAGAACUAUUAAAAACUGUAAAAAAUGAUUUUGAAAAAAAAACCAAACAUAAAGCUGCUGCUUUAAUUCAAUUACCAGGAACCUCUAUGUCUAGAGCUCAAAAGGACAUACUGUUGGCAAAAUUAAAUCAAGUCAGAGAGGAUCAAGAAAAUUAUGAAAAUUAUUUUAAAUCAAAACUAUUAAAACAGCCAAUCAAUAAAAGAUCCUCCUCAUCAUAUGAUUCUGACAAUAUAAGUGGCAAAUCUUCAAAUAGUGAUAGUUCACAAGAAUAAUCAAAUAUUAAUUAAAUGUUUUAUACACAUUAUAAUAUGUAUUAUUAAUAAUAAAAAUAUA